AUAUAUGUGUGUGUGUGUGUUUAAUCAUGGAUUCUGGGAGUAGUGGGAGUGUACAAAGCUCAAGCGGUGCUGAAGAUGAGUAUGAUUCACGCGCGGAGGGUUUCUUAAACUAUCCGUCACUGCAUGUCGGCCCCAUCCCUAAGCCUAACCCAUCACCACCACCAUCCCUACAUUCCUCCUCCUUCGACCCUUUCUCUACCUUCCUCGAUCCUCCACCUUCCCGAUUAUCCCCAAAUUCCCUUCUCAAUCUCCACCCUUCCUGGCCCACUAACCCGAGAUCCGACCACAACCCGAUCCAAUAUCCAGCGUCCAUGACCACCGCGCCCGAUAUUCAAUUGCAACCCCCAACCCAAGUCGUUCACAGCAACAACAAUAACAAUACUGCCACCAACAGCAACGCCACCGUUCGUAACCCGAGGAAGCGAACUCGAGCCUCGAGGCGAGCUCCGACCACCGUUCUGACCACAGAUACCACCAAUUUCCGAGCCAUGGUCCAGGAAUUCACUGGGAUCCCUGCACCACCCUUCCAGCCGGCCUCCUCCUCCUCCUUCCCUAGAGCCCGGCUUGAUCUUUUUGCCGGCGCCUCCACUUCCUCCCCACCGUACCUACUCCGUCCAUAUCCCCAAAAGCUAUCCCCCUUUCCUUCAACUAAUUCCCUUUUUUCUCCCUCCUCCAUUUUCAAUCUCCCGCCCCCACCUUCACCACUCCAACAACCCAACAUUAACCUCCUCCGCUCCCACCUCCAUCCUAAUCCGCUGCAUCUGCCUCUCCCAGAUGACUUCCUUUCUGGGAUCGUAAGAGACGGCGGUGGGAAUAAUGUUCCGGCAAAUUGGGGCAGUGGCACCGUCGACGGAGGUGUAGGAGGAAGACCGUCCGAUCAAGAUCUAGUUGGGUCUACCAAUGUGACGAGUAGGAGUGAAGGUAUGGUCGAGCCUUGGAUUUGUUCUUCAGAUUAAUUAGUUGUCCUAUAAUUAACAUAAACACUCAUCCUAUGUACAUAAUAACAUUUCAUUUCCAUUUUGGGAUUUGGUUUUGUUUAUUA